AUAUGCCCAGUCGCGCGGCUGUUUAAGCAUAACACACUCAACUCUUCAGUCAAGUACAACCAACCAACCAAACCAAACCACACCAAGCAACAUGUUCAAGCUGAUCGCUGUACUCUCUGCCCUGUGCGCCGUUGCCAAUGCUGGCGUCAUCUCCCCCUAUGGCCAUGGCUAUGGUCUCGGCUACGGCUCAGCUCUGGCGCCCGCCUAUGCUCCGGCCAUCGUCUCGCAUGCUCCGAUCAUCAAGAGCUACGCCGCGCCCAUUGUGCACGCCCCGAUUGUGAAGACCAUCCACCCGGUGGCCACGUCCUAUGCCAACACCUACAAGGUGGCCACCAAGGCAUACCCCGUGGUGCAUGCCGCGCCCAUCUACCAUGCCGCACCCGCUGUUGUGGCAGCACCUGCUCUGCACACCACCUCCACCUACCACGGCGGCUACGGCAGCUACGGCCUGGGCUACGCUGGCUAUGGACACGGCUAUCUGCACUAAGAAUCCACUCCAGCCGCACAUCACUCGACGACAACGCACAGAACGACAAAAGCAACAUCCACACAACAUCCCCAGCAUCUGCAACAUCUGCAACAUCCACACAGCAAAUCGGAUCACACCGAGCGAUUCUGUGAGAGUUUACUCAGUACAAUGUUCGAGGCUUUGCCGCUGUCAAAGCCAGGAACCAACAUCAUGAUCAACCUUUAUGUGAGAGACAGAGACAGAGACAGUCAGCGAGAGAGCGAGAUAGGGAGAUCAAGCUAAUAUGCUGUAUAUAAGUUUUAUUUUUGUUAUUGUGCAAUGCUCGUGGUUUCGACUUAUAAGUAAAUAAAAACGAUUCAAAACUCUUAAA